AUGCCGCCUUCGCAGUUGAAACAGUUGAAGGCGUCGCUUCGCGAGAGUGGUGUCUUAGCGCCGCAGCAGUCCAAGAAGCAAAAGCGCCAGAAUGCGAAGGCUGGCGUCAGCGCUCAGAAUCUUGUGCAGCGGAAUGCCGCUCUGCAAGCAAUUCGAGAUCGAUUUAAUCCGUUCGAGAUCAAAGUGACGUCCCGGAACAAGUUCGAUGUGACUACUAGAGAUGGGGGCCCUAAGCCGGCCGCUGGUCUGUCAAGGCCCGGAGUGACGAAGUCACUUGGAGAAGAAAAGAGACGCCAAACGCUUCUUCGGGAAAUGGAGAGGAAGAACAAGAUUGGUGGUAUCGUUGAUCGCCGUUUCGGUGAAGACGAUCCGACCAUGACACCCGAGGAGAGAGCCGCCGCACGGUUUGCCAGAGAAAGUCAGAAGAAACUGCGCAAGGAGUCGAUGUUCAAUCUGGAAGAUGACGAUGAAGACGAUUUUCAACUCACGCACAAAGGCCAGACGUUAACCCUCGGCGAUGACGUCCCUCAAGACGAUUUUGAAGAGGAUCUGCGUGGAUUGGAGGAGGAUCAAUCAGACUCAGAAAUGCCGCGGAAAAGGAAAAGAAUUCUUGAUGAUGAUGAAGAGCUGGAAGAUUUUGUCUUUGAUGAUGAGGAUGGAGAGGAUCAGCCGGAGAGGAAAAAAUCGAAACAUGAAGUCAUGAAGGAAGUCAUCGCCAAGUCGAAGUUCUACAAGCUGGAACGGCAAAAGGCGAAAGAGGAAGACGACGAUCUUCGUGAGGAGCUUGAUAAAGGCCUCCCCGACCUUUUCGACAUGCUGCGCGGUGUGAAGCCGCCACCGAAACCGGAACCUGCAAAGGACGACCUGGAGUCGAUGAACCCAGACCGUGCAGCGUUGCUGAAAGGGACUGCGGAUGAUGACCCCAAUAAAGAAUAUGAUCAGCGGUUGAAACAAUUGACGUUCGACAAGCGUUCUCAGCCAACAGACCGUACCAAGACGGCUGUAGAGAAGGCCGAAGAGGAAGCGCAACGACUCAAGGCCCUUGAGGAAGAGCGUCUUAGAAGAAUGCGUGGUGAACAGGAGAGCGACGAAGAGGAGGAUGAUGAAGAAGGAGAAAGCGAAACGGGAGGCGAGGACUCUGACGAUGAGUCCAUUCCAGACGAUGCGGAGGCAUUUGGUCUGAAGCAGCCUUCUCCUCAGACAAAUGAAGGUCCCGAGAUGGGAGUCGAAGACGAGGACGACUUUAUCAUUGACGACGAUCUUGUUGAGACGAGGUCAAAUGUGAGUCUCUCGUUCGACGAAAGCGACGGCGAAGAGGGAUCGUCUGAAGAAGAAUCGGAGGAGGAAGACGAGGAAGAAGAUGAGCUUAUCAAUGGGCUUACACUCCCUACCAGCAAAUCUGGGGAUUCCACAGCAGCAGCCGAUGGUGCCCAAAAGACAAGUGAAGGGUUGGCCUACACCUACCCAUGUCCCGAGGAUCAUGAAUCUUUCCUUGAAGUCAUCAAGGAUGUUCCCAUGAAUGACCUGCCUACUGUCAUCCAGCGUAUUCGAGCCCUGCACCACCCGCGUCUGCAUGCCGACAACAAGACGAAGUUAGGGCGCUUCGCUGCUGUCCUUGUCCGUCAUGUUGCUUAUAUGGCUGAGCAACCCGAACAUCCUCCUUUCAACGUUCUCGAGGCCAUCCUACGUCACAUUCACUCUCUGGCCAAGUCCCACCCGGAAAGCGUAUGCAUGGCGUACAGAAGGUAUCUCCGUGAGAUUGCGACAGACCGUCCUCUCAGCCUGCGCGCUGGAGACCUUGUCAUUUUAACAGGCAUUGCAACCACCUUUCCAACUUCGGAUCACUUCCACGCAAUUGCUACGCCUGCCCAUUUAUGUCUCGCUCGGUAUCUGGGUCAAGGAGCUAUCGAUUCGCUCGGAGACUACACCACAGGUGCCUACGCCGCCAGCCUCUGUCUCCAGUACCAGACCAUUUCGAAGCGGUACAUGCCCGAGUUCAUCAACUACGUGCUCAAUGCCCUCUGCAAUCUCUGUCCGACAGAACCAACCAGCAGCCUUGGGUUCUUCCCGGCAAGGGGAUCUCACGGAUCGAUGCGACUGAUCCCCUCUAAACAGCUUAACCCUCGAAAGCUCCGAUUCUGGGAUAUCGCCACCGCGCAGUCCGAUCAGAGGGCCCAGGACGAGCUUAAACUUUCUCUUAUCCACACCUUUGUCACCCUUCUCAAUUCCGCGUCCGACCUGUGGGCUGGCAAGUCGGCAUUCUUCGAGAUCUUCGAGCAGGUGCAGCGAGUGCUCCGCCACGUGAGCAAAUCCGCAAAAGGGAAGCUCUCGUCCGUCGUCCAGGACAACCUGCAAUCGACACUGGACAAACUUGACACACAUCUUUCCCGCGCGCGUGCCACCCGCCGGCCGUUGCUGCUGCACAACCACCGCCCGCUGGCGAUCAAGACCGCCAUCCCCAAGUUCGAGGAGACCUUCAACCCGGACAAGCACUACGACCCCAACCGCGAGCGGGCGGAACUCAACCGCCUCAAGGCGGAGUUCAAGCGCGAGCGCAAGGGUGCCAUGCGCGAGCUGCGCAAGGAUGCCAACUUCAUUGCGCGCGAGAAGCUGCGCGAGAAGAAGGAGCGCGACGCCGAGUACGAGAAGAAGUACAAGCGGCUCGUGGCGGAGAUCCAGAACGAGGAGGGCCGAGAGGCGAAUGCGUACGAGAGGGAGAAGAGGAAGCGCCAGGGGAAGUGGUAG